AUCUCUAAAGUGUCAAUUUUAUUAUUUUGAUUGAAUGCAUUUUACUGAGUUAAAAAUAUUCAUCAAUUAAACAAGUUAUUUGAUCACUAAAGCGCGUUGUGUUUAAAAGUGAGCUACAUUUUAAUCUUCUUUUUCAAAAUGAGUAGUUUUCAUAAAACUAGUGAUUCACGUGUGACUAUCAGUGGGACUAAAGUAAAAAACUGUUUGCCGAUAAUAUCAUCUGGUAUUCCCUCUUUGGAUCAUGUAAUUGGCGGUGGUCUACCUGCAGGAAGCGUAUUUAUUGUUGAGGAAGAUGUGCUUGCUAAUUACAGUAAAGUUCUCUUGAAGUAUUUCUUAUCAGAAGGCGUAGCUUGCAAGCACGACCUGUGCAUUGCAUCGGCUGAUGAAGACCCAGCCAACAUUGCCAAGGAGUUACCUUUACCAACAACAAUUCCACAGGACGAUGAAAUCACAACAGCUGCUGCAGAUGUAGAUAAAAUGAAAAUAGCUUGGAGAUAUGAAGGGCUUAGCCAAGUGGAGUCCUCUUUUGGUAACAACACAAGUUUUGGUCACCAUUUUGAUCUGAGCAAACAUAUUGAUGCCAAAACUAUUGACAACCACAAGAUACAUUAUUGUAAACUGGAAAUUGAAAAUAGAAGUGUUAAUGGUUUCAAAAACAAUUUGUACCACAAAUUACUAACUACUAUUAAAGAAUUAGUUUCUAAUGAAGAAUAUCAAAGUAGUGUUAAGAAAAACAGUAAUAUCUUAAGGAUUGGUGUACAUGCGUUAGGAUCUCCUGUAUGGAUGGCGAUGGACUGUGAUGAUGAAGCCAAUACUGUUUAUGGCCAAGAUCUGAUCAAGUUCAUGUAUUGUCUGAGAGUAAUACUCAGAGACACCAAUGCUGUGGCAUUUGUAACCAUUCCAGCUCAUCUGUUUGACGAUGAUCACGUAAUGUCAAGGGUACUGUAUUCAGUAGAUAAUGCAGUCAGAAUAGAAUCAUUUGCUGGCUCAAGUAAAGAGACAAACCCAGUUUACAAAGAUUAUCAUGGGCUGUUCCAUAUAACUAAGUUAUCAGCUAUGUAUUCACUUGUACCAUUUGUUCCGCCCAGUCUUGAUCUAGCAUUCAAACUAAAGAGGAAGAAGUUUGUCAUAGAAAAGCUGCACCUACCUCCAGAACUCCAAGAGACAAAGGAACGGGAGCAAGAUGACAUCACAGGUGUACCAAAUGUAAACUGCGGUGGUUUCAAAAAGAGAGACAUUGAAUUUUAAUAUAGUAUCAUGUAUAGUAUAAAUAUUUUUGUAAUAUAAUAUACAGCUAUGAAUUGUU